AUGGCCUCCGGUCUCGUCUUCGAUCCAAUCCGCCUUCUACGCGUGGCCCCUUUGGCCUCCAGCACCGCGAGCCUGGUCUACGCGACGACCGAGCUCAUCGUCAACAAUGGCUUCCUGCAGCCAGAGAUCCGGUCCAAGUCGAACCAACUUCUCCCCCGGUGGUACUCCUACAUGUUCAACCGGGGCGUUUGGGUCGUCGUCGGGUUGAACAUGACGACGGUCUGGACCUCCGUCGCGAGCCUGUGGCUGGACGCGCGACGACCGGACGGGCCCCGUCCUGGCAGCAUCUUUUACUGGAUUGGGUUGGCGGGCGCCAUCGGACACAUGCUGUUCAUCCCCUGGGUGGCGACGCCUAUUCAGAAUAUGGUCGAGGAUCGCAACGAGGAGGGCGCGACGCGCGAGAUGGAGACCUGGUUGAGUGUCCACCGGGAUGAAAUUCGUGCUUGCACAAAUAUUCUCUUUGACCGUCUAUAUAAGGUAGUCGCAAUAAAUGACUCGAUCGUGGUGAAAUUCGGCCGCGGCGUCCAAGAAUACGAGGGCCAGGUCAUGAUAUUUCUCGAGCGCCACGUUCCCACAAUUCCAGCGCCUCGACUGUACGCUAUGUAUGAAGACAUCGAGACGCUUGAAACGUUCCUGGUCAUGCAGCGCAUCCCCGGCGAGCGGCUAGACUCAAUUUGGCCAUCAUUGGCCGAGGACGAGAAAGACGAUAUUGUCGACAAACUCCGGCAAACAUUCGAUAAUCUCCGACAGGUUCCGUGUCCCAAGCCUGACUUCUAUGGCGGUCUGGAUGGCGGCUGUCUCCGCCACUAUCUGUUUCAUAACCGGAGGGGCGGCGUGCCGGAAUCCUUAGGACCCUAUAUUGGGGAAGCAAACUUCGUCGCGGGCAUGGUUGGGAAUUACCGCGCACACAUUGAACGGAAUGAGAGGCUAGACUAUAAGGUCCGCUACUACGAAGAAUAA